AUGAUGUCGGUUCUCGGAAGGCGUGGAGCACUUGAGCUUCGGGCAUUGUAUCCAAACUCAAAGAUAUCAGCAACUAUUUCAAGAUCAUUUUCGGUUCUGAACCGCCCAGCACCAAACUACCCGGGCCACGUCCCCUUGACCACCAUCGAGCGCGGGGCUCUCGCAAUAGGAUCAGCGCUCGGGUCAUUGAUAAAUCCCAGACGGGCUGAUCUUAUUGCGGCGCUGGGCGAGGCCACUGCGACACCAUUCUUUAUUUACAGACUACGCGAUGCCAUGCUCUCAGAUCCGACGGGGCGCCGCAUUCUCCGCGACCGUCCUCGCAUUACCUCCGAGACCCUCAAAAUGACCCACCUCCGUACCUUGCCUGAGAACUCCGUCGGCCGGACAUACGCCAAAUGGCUGGACCGCGAGGGAGUUUCCCCCGAUACACGAGAUAAUGUCCAGUACAUUGACAACGAAGAGUGCGCAUAUGUCAUGCAACGCUACCGCGAGUGCCACGACUUCUACCACGCAGUGACGGGACUGCCGAUCUUCGUUGAGGGCGAGCUGGCUCUGAAAGCACUGGAGUUUUUGAAUACACUUCUUCCCAUGACAGGAUUGAGUCUUUUCGCUUUCGUACGGAUGAAGCCAGCUGAGAAAGAGCGGUUCCUCACAUUGCAUCUCCCAUGGGCCAUCCGCAGUGGGCUGAGAAGCAAUGAGCUUAUCAACGUGUAUUGGGAGGAGGUUCUGGAGAAGGACGUGGAUGAACUUAGGGCCGAGUUGAAUAUUGAGCGCCCACCGGAUCUUCGAGAUAUCCGAAAGAUGAUCCGGCAGCAGCAGAAGCGGGAGAAGGAACAACAGCAGGCUUCAAGCUGA